GGGCAACGGGCAGCGCCCCGGGUCUGCGGCGCCACGGCUCUCAGCAGGCGCGGCGGGCGCUGCCCGUGGGCCGGGCCCGGGCUUCAGGCGUGCCGGGAGCCGGCAGGCAUGCCCCGGACCCUGAGCACCUCCGACAUGGUCACCCCAGGCAGACUCAGCCCACCCCCUACAGAGCCCACCGAUGGCGAGCAGGCUGGGCAGCCCUUCCUGGAUGGAGCACCAUCCUCAGCCUCUCUGGACACCCUGAUUCAGCACCUGGUACCCACAGCUGACUACUACCCAGAGAAAGCUUAUAUCUUCACCUUUCUACUGAGCUCUCGCCUCUUCAUCGAGCCUCGGGAGCUCCUGGCCAGGGUCUGCCACCUAUGUAUUGAGCAGCAGCAGCUGGACAAACCGGUACUGGACAAGGCCCGUGUUCGGAAGUUUGGCCCCAAACUGCUCCAACUACUGGCCGAGUGGACAGAGACCUUCCCGCGGGACUUCCAGGAGGAAUCAACCAUUGGGCAUCUGAAGGAUGUGGUGGGACGCAUAGCCCCCUGUGAUGAGGCCUACCGGAAGAGGAUGCAUCAGCUCCUGCAGGCCCUACACCAGAAGCUUGCAGCUUUGGGCCAGGGAUCUGAAGGCUUCAUGGGUGCUGACAAGCCCAUCUCCUACAGAACCAAGCCACCAGCCUCCAUCCAUAGGGAGCUCCUUGGCAUCUGUAGCGAUCCCUACACACUGGCCCAGCAGCUGACCCACGUGGAGCUGGAACGACUGCGACACAUCGGACCUGAGGAGUUUGUCCAGGCUUUUGUGAACAAGGACCCUCUGGCCAGUACAAAGCCCUGUUUCAAUGACAAGACUAACAACCUGGAGGCUUAUGUGAAAUGGUUCAACAGGCUGUGCUACCUUGUGGCAACUGAGAUCUGCAUGCCAGCCAAGAAGAAGCAGAGGGCCCAGGUGAUCGAGUUCUUCAUUGACGUGGCCCGAGAGUGCUUCAACAUUGGCAACUUCAACUCCCUGAUGGCCAUUAUAUCUGGCAUGAACAUGAGCCCUGUCUCCAGACUGAAGAAGACUUGGGCCAAAGUGAAGACAGCCAAGUUUUUCAUCCUGGAGCACCAGAUGGACCCAACYGGGAAUUUCUGCAACUACAGGACAGCCUUGCGAGGGGCAGCCCACCGCUCCCUGACUGCCCACAGCAGCCGGGAGAAGAUCGUCAUUCCCUUCUUCAGCCUACUCAUCAAAGACAUCUAUUUCCUGAACGAGGGAUGUGCCAACCGCCUUCCCAAUGGACAUGUCAACUUUGAGAAAUUUCUGGAACUGGCCAAGCAGGUUGGAGAGUUCAUCACAUGGAAACAAGUGGAAUGUCCUUUCGAACAAGACCCCAGCAUCACCCAUUACCUGUACACUGCCCCCAUCUUCAGCGAGGACGGUCUUUAUUUGGCUUCUUAUGAAAGUGAGAGCCCAGAGAACCAAACAGAAAAAGAAAGGUGGAAAUCUCUAAGAUCUUCUAUUUUGGGGAAGACUUGA